GCCCACGUGAGUUGCUUCAUGCAAAUGCAUGCAAAUGCAGCACUGAUUUGUCACACGGACGGCAGCUCUCUGAUUGGCUGGGUCGGAUUACCCCCGCCCCUCCCCCCCGCGGUCUUGACAGGUGGUCACCCACAGACAGGCUCACCUGAUCGCGACAUGCAGACAUGUGGGGCCUCAUGGUCGCAGGGCUGCUUUUCUUCCCGGGAAUUUUCCUGCUGUCAAGUCGUUCUCUGAGGAUCCUGAUGGGAUGGAGCCAGGCUGACGCCGUCAUCGUGUCAGCACGUGCUGUGUCAUCCGUCCAGGCCGUCAUGGCGGUGGCGGCGGGAUGCGUCAUUGCCUCGGCGUGCCGGAUCGACCUCCUGCAUGACAGGCACUGGCUGACGGACGCCUACAUCACGUUCGCCGCGCCCUACUUUGUCUACGACGUGUACGCCAUGUUCCUGUGCGACUGGCACAGGCGGAGGGUCAAGGGUCACGAGGCCGAUGGCGGUGCGCGGCAGGCGGCCAUCUUGGGCUAUGUGCGGCGAGAGUAUUUGAUGGUGUUGCAUCACAUCUUCAUGGUGGUCUUCUGUUUGCCCGCUUCACUGGUGUGGAGGCAGGGCAAAGGCGAUUACUUCCAGGGUGUUUUGUUUCUUGCUGAGCUAAGCACCCCAUUUGUGUGUCUCGCCAAAGUGCUCAUACAGUUGAAGCGCGCCGACACGCUGGCGUUUAAAGUGAACGGCGCGCUGACGCUCUUGGUCUUCUUGGCUUGCCGUGUGGCACUAUUUCCGUAUUUGUACCUGGCCUACAGCAGGUGAGGUCAUCAACACACAACCAAUCAUUUGUCAGCGUCCAAAAAAAAUAAAGAUCCCGACUGAAUUUUAUUCAAAAACAAAAAAGAAAACAAACAUGCCACCUUGUACAGUACAUUGAAACUUACUUACCGACUUACCCUUAAAAAAAGUCUGCUUAUCAUAAUACUCAGAUAUUCUUUAUCCUCUGCGAAGAAUGACUGUUACUGCAGCUUACUGAAUCAGUAAGCAUGACAGACACAGACAGGCACAAAGAUCGAUGAAUGGUUUCAGCCCUAUUAUUGUCUGCUUGUUUUGCUUCUCAGGUACACGUCCAUCCCCGUCCAUCAGGCGGUCC